UUUAGAAUCUGAGAACCAGUUGAAAUUUUUGUCGUGUAAAUUAGUGGGAAAAUUUAAAUUGACAGUCAGCAAAUAAAAAGACAGUACACAAGAUUCAUCGAUGUUUGUCCUGCUCAAAUGGCGUAUCAGUUAUCAGAUGGAACACAAUGAAUGAAUGGCAAAAUAUCGAAUGGAUCUAAAUGACUGAUGCCUCGUUUUUCCUCCAGGCUGAUCUGAGCACUCUAGAGCAUAAUGGAUUCAUCAAUCCAUCAAACAGCACCUUUUGUUAUUUGCUCGUGUCCAACCUGAAAAUCCAAGAUCGAGCCAGCACGGCAGUUCACAACAUGUUCUGGAAGAGAUGGAAGAAAGAAUAUUUGAAUGUGCGUCCUAAGUGGAAUACAUCGACCAACAACGAUAAACUGGGCUCUUUGACACUUAUUGCCAAGGACAAUUUACCACCACAGGACUAUGGCCGAGAGGCUGAGCUACACCCAGGGGAAGACAACUGGUACAAGACGACGACUGGUACAAGAAGACGACAGUACACACACGAUGUACUAACGCUAAAACCCAGGACAGGCUAGAGACCGUAGUUCUUGUUCCUUACCCUUAAAUUAUAAAAAUUACUAUUUGUAGAAUCUUGUACGUUUGAAUAGAAGGUAAUUAAUACUUA